AGGGCUGUAUCAUCGCUUGCGAAAGAUCCCUGGGCCUUUUUUUGCACGAUUCUCGAAGUCGUACGGCAUUAUCGCUGGUGUUCUUUCUACCAAUUUUCAAUACUUCAAAUGGCUUGAGUCUUUACACAAACACUAUGGAGUGGACGUCAUCAGAACUGGUCCUCGGGAGGUCACUAUCUACUGUGCAGAUGCAAUUGCUUUGGUCCAUGGACCCACUUCCAAGUGCAGCAAAAGUACUAUUUACUCAACCACAGGGGAAGUUGCAGGCCGGGCUCUUCACUUCACGACGAACAAGGACGAACACCGACAAAGGCGCAAGGUCUGGGACCGUGCGUUCAAUGCUAAAGCCCUCCGCGAGUACGAGCCUCGUUUGAACCGGCAUGCACUUGCUCUCAUAUCGAGACUCAAAGGGCAAGCCACAUUUCCCUCAGUGCGAAUUACAAACUGGGUAAACUUCUACAGCUUUGAUGUAAUGGGCGAUAUCGGCUUCAACCGCAGCUUUGGCAUGGUGGAGUCGGGUGAAGAAGCUCAUGUCAUUAAGCUGUUGCACGAUAGUCAGGCACCAUUGAGUGUUCUUGCACAUAUUAGUUGGGCUAUGCGCCUCAUCGCACGAACACCAAUUGGAUCCCAGCCUCUCUUUGAGCACAUGGACUGGAGCGCUAAAGUUCUUGAAGAGCGAAAGAAGAAUACUCCUAAAGAGAAAGACGUCUUCUCUUGUUUGUUAAACCCGAAUGAGGACCAGAUAACCCCUGAAAUGAACGCUGACUCACGACUUCUUAUCAUAGCUGGCAGUGAUACUGUCUCUGCGACGCUAUCUUACCUGUUGUAUGAGUUGUGCAAGAAUCUCACAGUUCAAGCCAAACUUCGCGCUGCUAUUGAUACGGUUAAACCGGAGAAAGCGCAUCUCGACGUCCAAGAUGUUGCGGAAUGUGCAUAUUUAGAUGGGGUUAUCAACGAGACUUUACGCCUCCACCCUGCUACUCCAUCUGGCCCUCAGCGUGAGACGCCGCCCGAAGGUCUCACCCUACCUGACAGCACGUACAUACCUGGCAAGGUCAACGUCUGGAUUCCUAUCUAUAGUUUGCAACGCGAUCCACGCUACUGGAUGGAUCCUCUUUCCUUCAUGCCUGAGCGAUGGACCGAUGAGAGGCCCGGUGCCACUAUUGAGAAACGCGCUUUUCUACCCUUCCUUACUGGACCUUACAACUGCAUCGGCCAGAAGCUGGCCAUGAUGGAGUUGCGUAGUGUUACGGCUAAUUUGGUUCGAUCAUUCGAAAUCACCUUUGCGGAUGGUGAAAAUGGAAGCACUAUCGAGAACAAGAGUCGAGACUGCUUUACGAUGACUGUAGGAAAGUUGGAUGUCAGAAUCAAGCCACGUUCUUCGUCGGAUGGUGAAGGCAAAGAUCAAUCAGACAAACUAGUCCACAGCGCCAUUCCUGCAGCAAUAGUCAACAAAUCUACCAUGGCCAAACUCAACAUUCUGCAAUCAUCUACCAAAAUCUACAACGAACAGACACACAGUUUGUCCGCAUAUUUUCGGGGUACCUUUUCCAACUUCAAUCCUGACGUUGUCGAACUCAAUAAGGUCGGCAUUACUUACGAGUAUGGGGAUCAUUACUUUGUCCUAGUUCAGUUACCACAUCCCCAAACCAGCGAGCUGAUCUUCCAAUGCGGGUUCUUGAACCGCGCAUAUGUUGGACCAUAUCUCGUCUACGAGUGGAAUUCGCUUGUUAAGGAACAGAUCGGGGAGUGGGGGGCCGCUGUUUAUGACGACGACGGGAGGUGGGAUGUUCACAGUAGUAUGUUGCAGUUCAUGCGUUAUCUUUGUGGUGAAGUAGCAAAGGGCCUUCAAUAUCAAGAGUUUUUGUAUACGCUGAAACGGGGUACGAAGUUGGGUGCAGAGAAAGUGAAAGCACAACUCUUAGAGAGAUUUAUGAUAGUAUUUGGAAGGGUGGAGUCAGACAUCAAAAUGAAAGAGGAAGAAACGGGUAAAGAGGCGGACAAGUUUAUGAUGGAGUUCAUGGUGUUUGAGACAUGA